AUGCAAAAGUUGACUGUGAAAUCACUAACAGUAAAAGAAUGUCAAGACAGCGAACUUAAAAAGGAGGAAACAUGGACCCCAAUCACUGAUAAACUUCUCUGCACAUACAAAGAUGUUCGCCAAGGCAUCUGUCAUGAUGAUUCUGGAGGCGCUCUUGUCCAUAAUGGUACUGUAACAUCCUGGAACAUUCCAUGUGGUAAAGGGGUGCCAGAUGUAUUCACCAGGGUUUAUAAGUACCUGGAUUGGAUUUCUACGACUAUUGGAAAACUUCCAAUACCUACUUAA